AUGGACGGCGAUGCCGCGUGGUCCCAGAGCGAGGUGGCAGAAACUCCCCGGGAGCCGUCGCCGAAGCAAUCGCAGCAAUCCGAUGCCCUCGACGCCAGUGGCUCCGGCGCCGCCCUCAGCGCUCCUCUGACCGUCACCAACUCGCAGGAAUCACAUGUUACCAGCUCCUCGGCCCCGGCGAUGACGCCCCCAGCCAGCGAUAUCAGCAGCGUCACGGACGGCGCCGCGGGGUAUCUGGCCCACGAUGCCUCGUCUGCCGCCGCCCGAGACAAGACCGAUCAUCUGCUGCAGCUGUCCACCAUUGCCGCGGCCCAGGACAGGAUAUCAACCGCGGGCGCCUCGAGGAAGCGCAUGGCUGAUGGCGAGGUCAAGACCGGCAUGAGCCCUCCUAGGGGCGGCGGCCAUGGCCAUGCCAGGAAUCUCAGCACCGUCAGCGUCACGUCCACCGGCAGCACCAUAGGAGAGCUGUCUGCCGAGCUCAAGACUCGCCUCUCGUACGCCAUGAUGAAGGUCAACUUUGGCUGGCAGGGCCACUCCAUCGAGGAAGUCGAAUCAAUGGCCGCUUCCCAGGCUGUCUCUCCCGCCUCGGGCUCGUCCACCAUCAGGCGGCACAGCUCCUCGGCAAGCCCCCGUCUGGACGUCACCACUGCAUCUGCUCAGGUACAUCUCGCCCAACAGGCCGCCGCCCGCCGCAAGUCCGAUUCUCCAUACCUGACCUCUAACAAGCCCUCUCUCGCUCCUCCGGCCACCAUUCAGCCGUCCAUCUCUGCCACGCGCUCCAACCCGCGCCGCAACUCCAGCCCGCGAUACACCCCGACUAUGCUUUCACACUCCCACUCGGCGUCUCCUCAUACUCCUGGCCAGCCAAUGCUCAUCGAUUCCCACCAAUCCCUGUCCCAGCCUGCGCGCAUGACCGACCCCGUCCUUUAUCCGUCUCACCAGAAUGUUAGGGAGCAAGAUGCCAUGGAGGCGUUGCUCUUCAUGAGUAGUCCAAACAACUCAGCCAACCUGAAGCAUACAUUCUCGCCAUCAGCCUCUCCAAAUCCGCAGACCGGCGCCUUUAGGAAUCCCGCGACAAGACACGCGUUGCCCAGCGCCCCCAGGAAGGUACUUCCCGGACACAGGCCAGUGAAUGUCCAAAGGAGGCCUGGAUUUGACAAGUCUCCUGGAAUGAUGCACCCUCCAGGAUCGCCAAUGGACGUGGAUUCGCCGCAGCACUCAUACUAUAGCCCGAACGGUACUACGCCCAAGCGACGCGUCAAGGGGCCCAACAGCCACUUGAGAGGGUCUCUUUCGCUUCCUUCAGGACUAGGCGCUUCGCAUACCGGUGCCCGGAGAGUUUUGCGUGAUGAGGACAUUGAAAGAAUGCUCGACCGAGCAGGUGCUGAAGCAGCCGACUCUUCGGACGACGAAGAGAUUCAGAUUCCUCGUCUGAGGAACGAGUCGACUGGCAUGAUGGGGGUCCGGGGGUGA